AUAAUAGGAUUAAACAGCUUUCUAAAAUAAAAAUAAAAGAAUAAGCAAACUGUAUUAUCAGGCCAGUGAAGAGAAGAACUAUGUCAAGAGAAGACAACGUCAUGAAUCGACAUUACUUCGCCGAUGGGAGAAAGCUUUCCCUCGUCGCAAUCGCCGGCCUUAUUGCCGGAGUGAUACUUAUCUUGAGCUUCAGAAAACCCGGCGAUUACUCCCUCCUGUGCUCUCUCGCCAAGUUUAGAGCUCAACCCAUCCAUGAGGGUGAAUUCUCCGACAUGGAAACCCAACUCCAAGCCAUAGUCCACUACGCCACGUCAAAAAUCGUACCGCAACAAAACUACGGCGAGAUCUCCAUUACAUUCGACGUCCUCAAGAAACGCGCACCUUGCAAUUUUCUCGUCUUUGGCCUCGGCUACGAUUCCCUCAUGUGGAAUUCUCUGAAUCCCCAUGGCAAAACGACGUUCAUUGAAGAGGAUCCCAAAUGGGUCGAAAUCGUGCUCAAAACCGCCCCCGACCUCCAUGCCUACCCCGUCAAAUACCGUACGGAGCUAAAAGAAGCCGACGAUUUGCUCUCCCAUUACCGGUCGGAACCCAGCUGUUUUCCGUCGAAAGCUUACUUACGCGGUAACGACCAGUGUAGGCUUGCCUUGACGGGGUUUCCGAAUGAGUUUUACGAUACGGAAUGGGAUUUAAUAAUGAUCGAUGCGCCGCGUGGGUAUUUCCCGGAGGCACCGGGUAGGAUGGCGGCAAUAUUCUCGGCAGCCGUUAUGGCGAGGAACAGGAAAGGAUCCGGCGUGACGCACGUGUUCUUGCACGAUAUUGAUCGGAGGGUGGAGAAGCUUUUCGCGAACGAGUUUUUGUGCAAAAAGUACUUGGUUAAAGGCUUUGGGAGACUCUGGCAUUUCGAGAUUCCGUCCGCCGUUAACAUGACCACCCACGACGGUUCUGGUUUUUGCUAAAAUGCACUCCUCCAUUACGGCGGUGCUCGUUUUUGCGAAAGUACACCCCUACAUGUCAUUGUUAUAAGGUUUUUUUAGGA